AAGUGAUGUUGAAGACAAGUCUGUGCACAUUCUGAUUGAACGGCAGACAGAUGGGCUGCAAUUGGGCGGAGACAACGUCAUGUUCAAUAACAUGCAGGACCUUGUUACGUACUACAAAAAACAUAAGAUCACCAUAGAAGGUCAGCUGUCAACGUGUCUUAAGAAGCCAAUGUGCAAAUACGCGCAGCUGUAGUGCCGUCGCAACAGUGCCACGUGAGUGGAUGGGGUGGUGGUGGUCAAUCAGAAGACGCUCCGCAGAUGACCCCAACGAGUGUGAGCAAAGAGCCCAUUGAAGGAUAGGGAUUAGAGUAGCUCGAGUAGUCAGGGCAUAGGGAGACUCGCACAGAGGCCCUUGCACCACACAAAGAGGAUGAGUGUGGGUGUGGAUAAUUUAGUAUUAAUGAACCGAAUAGGAGAUAUGAAACCAGAGAAUAUGGAUGAAUAAAUUAGAAUGAGAACUAUGCGAC